AUGACGAAGAAGGCCAGAAAUGCGGCCAGCCGGUCGACGGGGUAUGGACGGGUAUUUGCAGGAACACGGCGAAGAAAGAGAACGGGGGAGCUGGGGGUGUUGGGCUGCGCUUCAUUCUACGCCGCACAGCAGCAAUCAAAGAGAAGCAUUGCAGACCACACCCCAUCAGGAGGCGUUCAUCCUCCAACGGGGAAGAUUGAUUGGAUCUACGUGAAGACAUGCAGGAAUUGGCAUGGUACAACCAUAAGAUCUAGAACCCUCGUCGGACAAACAGCAAACAGGACGGGGUGGGAAGGGGGACACAGAUACAGUCCCCCGGAGGCAGAGGUAACAGCACAAAGUCGAUGGUUUCCAAGCCUCAAUAUGCCAGUCUCGGCCGGCCUGACCGGCGAUCGAAUCAGACUGUUGUCAGCAACGUGGGCUCUGUACCAUUGGGCUGGCGUUGGUCGUUGGACCAAGGUGGUGAUGCGAUCGCGGCCCUCAUUUGCCUACGACGUAGGACGAGUGAGCUUGGCUCCCAAUGAGAUUCUGGACCGUGAGAUAUGCACAAAAGAGAAGCUUAUCAGCGAUGAUUUCUACGGCUACUUCAAUGGAGACAAGCUGUGGCCUCCUCUCUCAUGGAUGAGUUUGUCAGUGAAGGCUGAAGAUGAGUGUUUGCUUGUGAAACCAACACGUCGUGCCUGUCCUGAUUGGGAUCUGGGCGAUUCGUGGAUAAAACUGUCUCUUGAGGUGACUUGGUUGCAUCAGCCUCUCACUCAAGACGGGAGCCCCACACCCGCCUGGAUUAAAACCGCCGCUAACAGAACCCAGACCGAGCCUAAGAAUCCCACAGUCUCCAAGUAUCUGCGUCUCUUCUCUUCGUCCAGUCUCUCUCCAAGGCUCCAACAGGUCGGAACGCAUCCAGCGCCGUACCCCGGUGGGAUUCUGCUAGCGGGGCCGGGUCACCGACUUUACCGCAACAGACGAGAAACAACCCCGUCUCGCUGGUGGACAUGCGCAAGUUUCCCAUCUUCUCAAUGCUUCCCCCCACCACCAACCGUGGACCACCCCGCGUUCCCGGCCCAGCCGCCUGAGUCGCCCGUUACGCCUAUCCGUGGACCCUAUGGCCACUUCACCAAUCACAUCUUACCGUUGUCAGAUGGCACAAGAUGGCACAGCGAUCCGUCUUGCGCUGGCGUCCUGAAACCUGCUCACCUCCAUGCCGUUUUGGGACUCGGUGGCAGCGGUCACAGGGCUGUUGCUUGUCAUGUGCGACGACGCAGCGAGAUAAAGCUCACCCCUGCUCGUUCGAAUGGGCUUCUGCUCUUCGUAUUCAUCCUACUUGUCUCUUGCGUCCAUUCUAUCAAAGUUGAGCUGUCGAGUCAGUUGAGAAAGCGCACAGAACUCAAGAUACCCUCAUAUUCAAUAACACCAAACCAGUAA